AAGCACUUUCUGUCAGAUCAAAACAGUCAACAAACUUUUAGAAUAAUAUAAAAAUUGGAAUUGUGGGGUUUGGGACAAAUUAUAAAAUUAAAAUGGUUCAAGUUUCGCGUACUACAAAAUUCACCGGCGUUUGCGUUGCCGUCUAUGCGACCUAUGUCCUGUUCAUCUUCUUCCUGCUGCCCAUUAUGAUGCCGGAUCCUGUGACCCUGCAGCGCACAAUAUUGGCCCAAAAGACGCGUCACCUUGGCGACCUAAGCAACUUCACCCUGGAAACCGGUGGGCAACCGAUCCGCUCGAUGCUGGUCACGUUCCGGGGAUCGGGUGCCCUGACCCUGCUGGACAAUCUGGCUCACCAGCCUGGCUGCUACCAACACUAUGCCCCAUUGAUGGCCCACGAGAGCCGCUUAGAUGCAGAGCAGGAUCAUAAACAAGCUUUGGAGGAGCUGGAGGCGUUGUAUAACUGCAACUACAACAAGUCUGCGGAUAUGAUCCUCUGGGGAAAACGAUCCACUGUCUUCCGCCGCUUCUACGGAGUCCAGGCGAAAAUGUGUCAGACGUACAGUCAGGAGAUCUGCUGGAAUGCGGAGACGAUGGCCGCCAUUUGCAAGCUCUAUCCGUUUAUCAACAUGGCGGUCUACAACUUGCGUCUGAAAUUCUUGGCCCCCCUCUUGGAACGCGAAGGUCUAAAUUUGCGCAUGCUGCUUAUCGUACGUGAUCCUCGGGGAACAACGUAUUCCCGAAUUAACAACAAAUGGUGCACGAUUGAAAAAGAUUGCGAUGUGCAGACCCUCUGCAACGAUAUGGUCAGUGAUCAUCAGAUGGUUGAGACGCUACAACAAUCUUAUCCACAGCGAUUCAGCAUUAUACGCUAUGAGGACUUGCUUUUGCAGCCCGAGGAGAGUAUCAAGCUGGUAUUCGAUUUCUACGGCUUGCCUUUGAGGAGACCCAAGACCAGCUCUCGAGGGGUGCAUCCUCGCAGUGGUCAUGGGGCCGAGUCCUUGGGUUGGGACAUUCGUUGGAGGUAUUUGAACCAGCCCGCCCACGAGUGGAUGAGCAAAAUGAAGGUGGCCGAUAUAAAGACUGUGCAGGAUGUAUGUGGCGAGGCCAUGGACUUGUGGGGCUAUCGCGCAGUUCAGGACUUCGAACACUUUUCUCCGGAAUCUUUUGAACCAAUCAUGGGAAGGGCUUAGCCAUUGUGGUCACAAUAAAUGUGGCGGGGUGUAAAAAUGGCAGUACUAGACUAAACCAUCGGUAAAUAAACAUGUACAUAAAUAA